AGCUCUCCCCUUCUUAUCCUCCGCCUACUUCUACCUUUUCUAUAUCCCUAACGCUCUCGCUUUUUCUCCCCAGUGACAGUUUUCUGUUUGUUUCCCGGGGAAAUCUGAUUCCUUCUUCCCACUUUGCUUUGCCAUUUGGCCCAUCCGAUUAACUCUUGGUGGACUGUUCGAUUCCUGUCGGUUUGGAUUUAUUUCGACGACAAGGGAGGAAGGGGAGGGAGAAGGAGAAGGGGGUUGUUUCUCCGUUUCAUAAUUCUUCGCAUACGCGAUUCGCCGGCUUCUUCUCCGCCGCGUUUAUGAUGAUCGUCCUUUCUCCGUCGUUCCGGUCAUUUCCUCUGGCGGAAGCAAUCCGAUCAUCGCAUCUCCACGCCUACCUCCCGCCACCGCCGUCACCGGCUUAUCACUCCUCACGCUGUUUCUCCUUCAGAAAAUCGCCGGCUUUCCGAAAUGCCGACGAAUGCGGCUCUUCCGGCGAUGACGCCGGCGUAUGCAACCCCUCAUUCGUCCACAUCGCCAUCACUCUCGACGUGGAGUACCUCCGUGGCUCAAUCGCCGCAGUACAUUCCAUUCUCCAGCACUCGAUGUGCCCCGAGAGCGUCUUCUUCCAUUUCCUCGUCUCCGAGACAAACCUAGAGCCUCUGGUUUUCCUUCGCCGUCAAUAGUUGCCACGAGGAAGAGAAAAAAAAAAACAAGGAUCGGAGGAUACCGACAGGUAACAAUGAUUCCGUUUUGUCCGUAGAAGAAUAUGGAAACAACCUGAUCGGAUGUUAUAUCCCGAACCAGACACACACGAUUUGGAUGUUGGGAAUUUUUUUUUUUAAAUUACCGGAUGAGGUUGGAUCAUUUUUGUUUUUUUAAAUAAUCAGAUGUUGUUGUUGUGAAUGUGCAGAUGCAUCCCUAAUUGGAAAAAAGUUAGAAGGAAAUUCUUACACUUCAUAUCAAUGAUUUCUAUAUGCUAUUUUUUAAAAUAACUUU